AUGACGUCACUAGCAGCACCUGCUGUGCUUGUGGCUGGAGCAGCUCUCGCCAUGACCGUGCCUGUCAUUGCACUCAAGGAACUCCUGGAGAAGAGAUCUAAAAUGAAUUUUAAGAAGCACCUCGGCAGACGCCAUGUUUGCAGAGUGAACUUCGCUGAGAUGGAAAAUUCUAUCGAUGAAAUCGGAGAGAAGAAGAAAAUUGGAGCGGCUGAAGCGGCUCCAAAAAGUGGAACGAAACAACAACAGCAAACAAAACCACCUGCAUAUGACGACCUAUUUCGUCCACCACCGCCAUAUCGCACAAAAUGA